AUGAGCUGCCGCGGGCUCAGCGCGCGCCCGCGACCGCAGCGCAGACGAGCGCGAGGCCGUGCAGAAGAAAACCUUCACCAAGUGGGUGAACUCUCACCUGGCGGGGGGGGCGCACCUGGGGGACCUUUACAGCGACCUGAGGGACGGGCGGCUCCUGCUGAGGCUGCUCGAGGGGGCUCUCGGGGGAGACCCUGCCGCGCCCCACGCGGGGGCCGGAUGCGCAUCCACUGCCUGGAGAACGUGGAGAAGGCGCUGCGGUUCCUGCGCGAGCAGCGCGUGCACCUGGAGAACGUGGGCUCGCACGACAUCGUGGACGGCAACCCCCGCCUGACCCUGGGGCUGGUCUGGACCAUCAUCCUGCGCUUCCAGAUCCAGGACAUCAGCGUGGAGACCGGGGACACGCGGGAGAGGAAAUCGGCCAAGGACGCUCUGCUGGCCUGGUGCCAGAUGAAAAACCGCGGGGUGAGGGGUCCCGGGGGGUACCCCAAUGUGAACGUGCAGAAUUUCACCACGAGCUGGAGGGACGGGCUGGCGUUCUGCGCCCUCAUCCACCGGCACCGGCCGGAGCUGCUGGACUGGGGGUCCCUGCGCGGAGCCAACGCCCUCCACAACCUGCAGAGCGCCUUCGGCGUGGCCGAGCGCGAGCUGGGGGUCACCCGGCUGCUGGACCCCGAGGAUGUGGCCGUGGAGAGGCCGGACGAGCGCUCAGUGCUGACCUACGUGGCCGCGCUCUACCAUCACUUCUCCAGGAUGAAGGCGCUGGCCGUGGAGGGGAAACGCGUCGGGAAGGUGCUGGAGGCGGCGCGCGAGGCCGAGGGCCUGGCCGGCCGUUACGAGGCGCAGGCGCGCGAGCUGCUGGGCUGGAUCCAGCGCUCGCUGCUGCUGCUCGGGACCGGCGCCCUGCCCCGCGGCAUCCCCGGCCUGCAGGGGCAGCUCCAGGCCUUCAGCGCCUACCGCACACCGAGAAACCCCCGCGUGAACUCUCGGGGUCCCCCCAGGUUUGAGGACAAGGGCUCCCUGGAGGUUCUGCUGUUCUCGCUCCGGAGCCGCCUCCGUGCCAACAACCAGCGACAGUUCGUGCCGCGGGAGGGGACGCACAGCGCCGACAUCAACAGGGCGUGGGAGCGGCUGGAGAAGGCGGAGCACGGGCGGGAGCUGGCGCUGCGCUCGGAGCUGCUCCGGCAGCAGCACCUGGAGCAGCUGGCGGCACGGUUCCACCGCAAGGCCGCGCUCAGGGAGACCUGGCUGGGCGACAACCAGCGCCUGGUGGCACAGGACAAUUUCGGGGGGUCUCUGGGCGGUGUCGAGGCCGCGCUGCGCAAGCACGAGGCCAUCGAGAGCGACAUCGCCGCCUACGGCAGCCGCGUGCGCGCCGUCACCGCCGUGGCGGCCGAGCUGGAGGCCGAGCGCUAUCACGACAUGGGCGGCAUCGCGACACGGCGCGACCACGUGGUGUCGCUCUGGGAGGCGCUGCGGGCUCAGGUGGCGGCGCGGCGGGAGCGGCUCCGGGCGCACCUGGAGCUGCAGCGGCUCCUGCGCGACCUGGAGCACCUGAUGGGCUGGAUGGAGGAGAUGGAGGUGCGGCUGCAGUCGCGGGACUUCGGGCAGCACCUGAGCCAGGUGGACGAUCUGCUGCAGAUCCACGCCCUGGUCGAGGGGGACGUGGCGGCUCAGGCCGAGAGGGUUCGGAGUGUGGGGGCGGCGGCCGAGCGAUUCCUCGGGGAGGGGGGCGGGUACCGCCCGUGCCCCCCGGAGCAGCUGCGGGCCCGCGUGGCCGCUCUGGAGCUGCGUUACCGGGGACUCUCGGCGCUGUCGGCGCAGCGGCGGCUGCGGCUGGAGCGCUCCCGGCGCCUCUGGAAGUUCCUGUGGGACGCGGGCGAGGAGGAGGCCUGGAUGCGGGAGCAGGAGCGGCUCCUGCGCUGCCCGGAGCUGGGCCGGGACCUGCCGGGAGCGCUGAGGAUGCUGAGCCAGCUCGAAGCCAUCCGAGGGGCGCUGGGGGGACGCGCGGGGCCGCUGCAGCAGCUGCUGGAGCGGGGCCGGGAGCUGCUGGCGCAGGGAGCCCCCGACGGAGCCACGCCGGGAUCGGCGGAAUCCACACCGGGACCGGCGGAAUCCACACCGGGAUCGGCGGAAUCCACACCUGGAUCGGCGGGAUCCGCUGCCGGGUCGAUGGGAGGCUCAAAACCCGCGGAAUGCGCUGCCGGAUCCACCUCCAGAUCCACGGAGGGACCCCCGGAAUCCAAGAACGCGUCCCUGGAAUCCCCCCCUGCAUCCACGGAGGGACCCUCGCCAUCCUCCACCAGACCCUCGGAACGCCCCGACGGCUCCACAGAACGCACCGGGGAACCCACAGCCCGCCCUGAGGGACCCCCGGGCCCCGCUCCCGGCUCCCCGGACCCCGCGGCCGCCGUGUCCCGGCGGAUCCGGGAGCUGGAGUCGCUGUGGGCGGCGCUGCCGGCGCUGGCCGGGGCUCGGGAGCGGCGGCUCCGAGCGGCCGCGGGGCGCUUCCAGCUGGACGCGGAGGCGGCCGAGGCCGAGGCGUGGCUGGCGGCCGCCGCCCGCAGAGUGGCGGCGCCGGAGCUCGGGCACGACGAGCGCUCGGCGGGGAUGCUGGAGCGGCGUCUGCGGGAGCUGCAGGACGAGAUGCGGCGGCGAGGGCCGGCGCUGGCGGCGCUGCGGGAGCAGGCGGCGCCCGGCGAUGCCGCCGAGCUUCCCGACGUGGUGCCGGGGCUGGCGGAGCGGCUGGCGGAGCUGGAGCGGCGGCACCGGGAGCUGGAGGAGCGGGCGGAGCUGCGGCGCCUGGAGCUGCGGGACGCGCUGGGGUUGUUCGCGGCGCGCAGCGAGGCCGAUGCCUGCGCGCUCUGGGUGGGAGAGAGGGAGCAGUGGCUGCUCUCCAUGGAGAUUCCCGAGCGGAUCGAGGACCUGGAGGUGGUGCAGCAGCGGUUCGAGACGCUGGAGCCGGAGCUGGCGGCGCUGGCAGCACGCGUGGCCUCCGUGGGCCGGGUCACGGAGGAGCUGCGGGGAUCCGGGGACAGGAACCGGGACAGAGCCCGCGACACCUGGGAGCAGCUCCGGGACAGGUGGGAGCGGUUCCGUGCGCUGGCCGAGCGCAAGAAGGUGGCGCUGACCGCGGCGCUGAACAUCCACAAUUUCCGCCUGGAGUGCCACGAGACGCGGGGCUGGAUGCGGGAGAAGACGGCGGCGAUCGAGGCCACGCGGGCGCUGGGCCGGGACCUGGCGGGGAUCACGGCGCUGCAGGCGAAGCUCUCGGGGAUGGGGCGCGACCUGGACGCCAUCCAGGGAAAGCUGCGGGAGCUGCGGGCCGAGGGCGAGAAGCUGCAGCGGGAGCAGCCCGAGCGAGCGCCCGAGAUCGGCGAGGAGCUGGCGGCGCUCGAGGCCGAGUGGGACGCGCUGCGCCGGUGCCACCGGAGCCGCGAGGAGUCGCUGGGGCAGGCGCGGCGGCUCCAGGGCUUCCUGCGGGACCUGGCGGCGCUGCAGGCCUGGCUGUCCCGCACCCGCGCGGCCGCGGGCUCCGAGGAUGUGCCCGCGUCCCUGGCCGAGGCCGAGGGCUCCCUGCGGCAGCACGAGAGCCUCCGCACCGAGAUCUCGCACUACGGCGCCGAUUACCGGAGCGCCCGCGCCGCCGGCCGGGAGGUGACGCGGGGACAGACGGACGCGCAGAGUCUGUCCCUGCUGCAGCGCCUGGAAGCGCUGGAUGCGGACUGGGAAGAGCUGGGCCGGGUGUGGGAGAAGCGGCAGCGGCUCCUGGCCCAGGCUGUCGCCUUCCACGUGUUCCUGCGGGACGCCAAGCAGGUGGAGGGGACGCUGGGAAAGCAGGAGCACGCGCUGGCCCACACGGAGAUGCCGAGCACGGUGCCGGGGGCGGAGGCGGCCGUGAGGAGGCUGGAGGAGUUCCUGGCCGCGCUGGACACCGGCACCGAGCGCGUCCGGGCGCUCACGGACACCGGCAGGAAGCUGCUGGAGGAGGGCGGCGUCCACGCGGAAAAGGUGCGGGAGACGGUGGAGUCAGUGGAGAGCAGGCACCAGAAGAUCCGGGAAUCGGCCCAGGAGCUGCUGGGGCGGCUGCGGGAUAACUGGGAGCUGCAGAAGUUCCUGCAGGAUGGGCAGGAGCUGACGCUGUGGCUGAACGAGAAGCUGCCGGUGGCCCGGGACGUGUCCUACGAGGGCACGCGGGACCUGCAGGGCAAGUGGCAGAAGCACCAGGCCUUCGCCGCCGAGCUGGCCGCCAACCGGGGCUGGCUGGAGGCGCUGGAGAAGGACGGCGAGCAGCUGGCACGGGCACGUCCAGCCCUGGCCGGACAAGUGACCGCUCCCCGGCAGGAGCUGCGGGCGCUGUGGGCGCAGGUGGAGGCGGCGGCGGCCGCCAAGGGCCGGGGUCUGGCCGAGGCCGCGCGCGCCGAGAGCUGCGCCCAGGCCUGCGCCGGACUGCGCUCGUGGCUGGCCGGGGUCCGCGCCCAGCUCCGCUCCGGCCACUGCGGCCAGGACCUGACCAGCGUGGGGGUCCUGCUGACCCGGCACCAGCUGCUGGAGACGCAGGCGGCGCUGCGGGAGCAGGAGCUGCUGGAGACGCAGGCGGCACUGCGGGAGCAGGAGGUGGGGGCGCUGCGGGCCCAGGCCGGGGGGCUCAGCCCGGGGCACCCCCGGAGCGCGGGGGUGCAGGAGCAGGUGCGGGAGCUGGAGCAGCAGUUCCGGGAGCUGCGGGAGCCGCUGCGGGAGCGCGGGCGGAGCCUGGCGGCCGCCAGGGAGCUGCACCAGUUCCGGAGGGACCUGGAGGACGAGCUCCUGUGGGUGCAGGAGCGCCAGGCCCUGGCCAUGUCCACGGACCACGGCAAGGACCUGCCCUCGGUGCAGCUGCUGCUCCAGAAGAACGAGACGCUGCAGAAGGAGCUGCAGGGCCGCGAGCGCCGCGUGUCGGAGCUGCUGGAGCGGGGGCCGGGGGUGCCCGAUGGGGUCCCCGGGGGGGUCCCGGAGCCGGGGGUGCCCGGGGGGGUCGCGGCCCUGAGGGAGGCCUGGAAGGAGCUGAGGGCGCAGGUGGAGCGGAGGCAGCGGCGCCUGGAGGCCGCGCUGGCCGCCCAGCGCUUCCUGCGCGACGCCGCGGCCGCCGAGGCCUGGCUGGGGGAGCGGGAGCUGCACAUGCUGGCCCAGGACAAGGCCAAGGACGAGCCGGGCGCCCAGGCCAUGCUGAGCCGGCACCUGGGGCUGGAGCAGGAGCUGCGCGACUACGGCGGCACCGUGGAGCUGCUGGCGGAGCAGGGCCGGGCCAUGGCGGGCAGCGGGCACCCCGACGGCGAGCGGCUCCGUGCCCGCGCGGCGCAGCUGCAGCGUCUCCACGCGGGGCUGUGCCACCUGGCCGGGGAGCGCAGGGCCACCCUGCAGGGCCACCACCGCCUGUGCCAGCUGCGCCGCGACCUCGAUGACCUGGAGCAGUGGAUCUCGGAGAGAGAGGUGGUGGCGGCGUCCCGGGAGCUGGGACAGGACUUCGAGCACGUCACGCUGCUGCGGGACAAGUUCCGCGAGUUCUCCCGGGACACGGGCGGGCUGGGCCAGGAGCGGGUGGACGCGGCCAACGCGGCGGCGGCGGCGCUCAUCUCCGGGGGCCACCCCGAGCGCGCGGCCGUGGCGCAGUGGCAGGCGGGGCUCAACGAGGCCUGGGCCGAGCUGCUGGAGCUGGUGGCCACGCGGGCGCAGGAGCUGGCGGCCGCCCACGACCUGCAGCGCUUCCGCCGCGACGCCCGGCAGGUGCUGGAGCAGCUCCGCGCCAAGGCCCGGCAGGUGCCCGAGGAGCUGGGCCGGGACCUGCGCGGCGCCGAGGGGCUGGAGAGGCAGCACCGCGCCUUCGAGCACGACGUGCAGGCCCUGAGCGUGCAGGUGAGGGGAUGGACAGGGGACAGGGGACAGCACCGCGCCUUCGAGCACGACGUGCAGGCCCUGAGCGUGCAGGUGUCGGCCGUGCAGGAGUCCGCCGCCCGCCUGGCCGCGGCGUACGCGGGCCCUCGCGCCGAGGAGCUGCGGGCGCAGGAGGGCGCGGUGGCCGCGGCCUGGGCCGAGCUCCGCGGGCGCUGCCAGCGCCGGCGCCGCCUGCUCGGGGACAGCGUGGAGCAGUUCCGGUUCCUGCGCGCCGCCCGCGACCUGCGGCUCUGGAUGGACGGCGUGCAGCUGCAGCUGCAGGCCCGCGAGAGGCCCAGGGAUGUCACCGCGGCCGAGCUGCUGAUCCAGCAGCACCAGGGGCUGCGGGCGGAGCUGGAGGCGCGCGAGGGCUCCUUCGGGGCCGCCGUGGCCGCGGCCACCGCGCUGCUGCAGCGGGGCCACCACGACGCCGACAAGCUGUCCCAGGAGCUGGCCGAGCUCCAGGAGCGCCGCAGGGACAUCGGGGAGCGCUGGCAGGACAAGCUGGAGUGGCUGCAGACUGUGCUGGAGGUGCUGGUGUUCGGGCGCGACGCGGCCACGGCCGAGGCCUGGCUGGCCAGCAGGGAACCCCUGGCCCGUGCCCCCGAGCUGGGCUCCAGCCUGGCCGAGGCCGAGACCCUCCUGAAACGGCACCAGAGCUUCCAGAAGGCGGCGGCGGCCUGGGAGGAGAGAUUCGCUGCCCUGAGCCGCCUCACCACGCUGGAGGAGAAGGAGCGGCGGCGGCGGCAGCAGGAGGAGGAGGAGGCGGCGAGGAAGCUGCAGCCCCCCGAGCCCCCCCCGGCGCAGGCCCAACUCGGGGGGACCCCCCCGGUGGUGCCCCCCGAGAGCCAGGACGGGGGAGGGGGCGGGGAGGGGCCGAGGGCCACGCCCACCCCCCAGAGCCGCCCCCCGGAGCCCCCGGCCCUCAACGGGAUCCGCCCCGAUGGCGCCGCGGGCCAGGUCCCCAAAGCGGCCCAGGAAGGGGGGCCCGGCCCGGGGGGAGGGGCGGCCACGCUGCCCCCCCGCGCCCCCCCCCAGCCCGAGACCCUCGAGGGGGGGCUGUGCCGGAAACAGGAGCUGGAGGCGCCCGGCAAGAGAGCCACCAACAGGUCGUGGCAGAGCCUGUACUGCGUGCUGCGGGGGGGGGUCCUGAGCGUGUUCAAGGACGCGCGGGGGGCUGGCGCGGGGGUCCCGUACCACGGCGAGCCCCCCACCCCCCUGCGCGGGGCCCGCUGCCAGCCCGCCACCGCCUACCGCAAACGGAAACACGUCUUCAGGCUGGGGCUGAGCGAUGGGAAGGAAUUCCUGUUCCAGGCUAAGGACGAGGCCGACAUGGCGCUGUGGCUCCGGGCCAUCGAAGCCGCCGCCACCUCCGCCGGGGCCGUGCCGGGCUCGGGGUUGCCCCGGGAGGGUUCGGGGGUGCCCGGGGGUCCCCCCAAGGCGAUGUCGAGGGCCCUGAGCCUCCCCCCGGUGCCCCCCCCAGCCGAGGGAGCCCCCCGGGCCCGCGAGCACAAGGAGAGGGAGAAACGCUUCAGCUUCUUCAAGAAGAACAAAUAGAGACGGAGAGUUUGGGGGGUCCCGUGGGAACGGAGGGACACGGGGGGGACACGGGGGGGGCUCGGUGUGUGUCCCCCCCUCCCCUGUCCCGGUGAUGUCACCGUGCA